AUGCACGCUGUGCUCUGCCAUUGGCCCAUGGCUCAGGCCCAAAACUACGGGGUCGACAGCCAUGACAGCUCCCUGGAGGACGAGCAACAAGAUGACAAUGGGGGAAGCGACCAGGAAAAUGGAGAUGUGGAUCUCCCUGGUGACUCUCUCUCUGGAGACACUCCCUUGGAAAGAGCUUCAUGCGUAAGGAACGAGAGGACACCAUCAGCAAAGCAGCCUCGGUCUAAGGCCGGCGAGAUGAGAGACCUACUGAAAGAGCUGCAUGACCGCAAUGCAAAAACCAUGCACGAGGAAGCGGUCAUGCAGCGGGAGCACCAAAAAGAAAUGCUAGAAAUCGAGCAUAGAAAUUCAGUGGAGCUGAUGGCAAAUGUAUCUGCAUCAAUGAUGCAAGGGACGCAAAAUUUUCUCACACAGUUUAUGCAGCAGCAGUCCAACUUUCUUUCAAAUUUUCAAUCUGCGACACCAAAUUUCCAACCUUUUCCAUAUGCCACCUUCUCUAACAUUAACCCCCUGUUUUCUCAGUCCCGCAAUCCCUCUCAAAGCUUUCCUAACCCACUGUAUUCCUCAGUCCACCAGUCCCCCACCCCAGUGCCCUCCCUCUCCCCCUCAUUAUCCCCCUCCCCAAGACCACCUGCCUUCCCACUGCCAUCGGCCUUCCCAGUGCCGUCUACCUCCACAAUGCAACCUGCUUUCCACAUGCCUUCAACCUCACCGGCCCCUCCUUUCCCAGACCCUCGCAAUCACUAGUUUCUAAGCUGUUUUACAAAGGACUGUGCAAGGUUACCUGUGCAAUGUUUAUUCGAAAAGUGGACUAUGUGC